AUGGCUGGUGAAGUUGUUGUGGAUGCACUACCAUAUAUUGACCAAGGUUAUGAUGACCCCGGUGUUAGAGAAGCGGCUUUGGCUAUGGUGGAAGAAGAAUGCCGUCGAUACAGGCCUACAAAAAAUUAUUUAGAAAAUGCAGGCCCAGAAUUAAAUACAGCAUUUGAAACUGCAGCUCUGCAGAGGGAGAUGGAGCGGGUGCAACAGAGACUGCCAAUGGAGCCUCUAUCAAUGAAAAGAUAUGAGUUACCCCCACCUCCAACUGGACGUCUUGGAGAGCCAACAGCAUGGGCUGAGGCAGUGGACAACUCCCAUGCACAGUUGUCUCACCAAGCUACGAGAGUUCUUAAUUUAGAAUUACAGCUGCAUUAUGGAACUGAAGCAUGGAGGUCCUAUCUAAAUGUGUUACAGUCUCUUGUUACUCGGUCACAGAAUGUACAUACACAGUUAAGGAAGCAAAUAGCGGCUGUGAAUUGGGAGCGCAAACGUUCGCAAACCGCCAGCGGUGCUAGGCUGCGUGCAUUGCGUCGACGUUGGGCACAGCUUGUUUCCGACAACUACCGCCUGGAACGCGCUAUUAUGCAACUAGAAAUACAGUUAGAGAAGGCGAAAGGACAGGCCACUACUGAAGAUGAUGAUGGAGCAGACAUGGAAGCUGUCAAGUUGCUCCCAGAGAAACUUAACUCUGAAACCGAAAAAGAAGUACAAAAGAAGAUUGAGGAUAUGUUUGCUGAC